UGCAUCAUUCAUUAUAGAUAGCUGAUGGGUGUCAUUCCUCAAAUUCCAGCACCUUGGACAGCAACUCUAGAACCACAUUCCAAUCAAGAGAUUUUGUAAUUGUUUGACGUUCACCAUACUUUAUUAUGUAAAAGACCUGGAUGAACCAGAGUCUCAUCUAAAUGUCAGAAUUAUUAUUUUCAAAUAUUUUAUAGCCAUUAUCGUGGACUGCACUUUGUGCUUUGUGGGUGCUUGUAUCGCUCAACUACCAUAUACAUGUCAUAACAGUAGGAAAUAAGAGAUGCAGAGAAAUUGGACAUUGAUUUGGCAAUUUCUCUACUUGUUCUUUCCUCAGAGUCUCUUGUUUGUCAAGAUUAUCUAGUUUCCACUGUGUGGUAAACAUUGUUUGCUAUGGUUCUGCCAUUCCUGUCAAACUUAAAUGUAUGCAAUUUUGUUUGACAUGUAAAAUUUGUUUGAAUUCUGACUGCCUUAAUAUUUGACAAAUGUAAUCUAUACAUGCAGCAAAUUCAAUAAUCUGAUUUAAAUGUUUGGGUUUUUUUUCAAACAAAAACCUGAAUGUCUAUUGGGUUUACAUUCACUUCCUCCACUUUGAUUUUUGUUGGUAUUGUGUAGUUUUAUAGUAUGAACUCUUAGGGACGCUGUUGACCACAAUGUUGAUGACUUAGAAAUGGGCUGAAGCAGCACCUCCCAUGUAACGUCGACAUCAUUCAGAGAGAACACGACGGGCAAAAAAACGGACGAUCACUGUUGUGGAUAUAUACUGAAAAGGAGAUUUUCACCCGAAAGUAUUGCUUCCAGAUUAUUUAUAUGAAUGAUGAUCUAAUAUUUGCGACUGGAGUCUAAGACUGAUCUGUUUUGUGGAAUAUUACCAGACUGUGCAGUGUCACAGAGGAAAAGGCGGAUUGAACAAUGAAUCGGCAAGUACUGUUUAUCUGUCUCCAUGUUCUCCACUCGGUGGUCGGUCAGAUCAGCUACACGAUUCCCGAGGAAAUGACCAAAGGAUCUCUGGUGGGAAAUAUAGCACAAGAUCUGGGUUUGGAGAUAAAGCGUUUGAUAUCGGGUAAAGCUAAAAUCUAUACGAGGAACACCGACGAGUACAUCGAGCUGAACAGAGAAAGAGGAGUCCUCCUCGUCAAAGAAAGAAUCGACAGGGAGGCGCUGUGUACAGAGACGACGAUUUGUGCUUUACAUUUUCAGAUCCUUUUAGAGAAUCCGAUGGAAUUUUACAGUGUUACAGUGCAGAUCACAGAUGUCAAUGAUAAUGCACCGACAUUUGAACAAAGAGAAAGGAAAUUCAAAAUUAGCGAGUCAGCAAUUACAGGGGCGAAAUUUCAACUUGAAAGGGCUGUGGAUCUUGAUGUAGGAAUUAAUGGAGUUCAUAAAUAUGAAUUAAAACCAACAGAUAAUUUUGCUCUCAAAGUACACAAUAACGCUGAUGGAAACAAAAAUGUUGAGAUGGUGCUACAGAAACCUUUAGACAGAGAGAAGCAGGAGCAGAUAUCUCUGGUGUUAACAGCUGUAGAUGGAGGAGAGCCGCAGAUGUCAGGAACAAUGCUGAUUGUUAUUACAGUUUUAGACGCUAAUGAUAACGCCCCUGUUUUUACACAGUCUACAUACAAGGCUACAGUUACUGAGAAUUCACCUAAAGGAACAGUUGUGGCCACUGUUACUGCCACAGAUGCAGAUCAAGGCUCGUAUGGUAAAAUAACAUAUUCAAUUAUAAACACGUUGGAAAACAUAAGGAAAAUGUUUGAGGUAAAUCAGGAAAAAGGGGAAAUUAUCUUAAUUGCAAAUAUUGAUUUCGAGAAGUCAAGAAACUUCGAAAUAAAUUUGUUGGCUAGUGACCACGGAGGACUUACAGAUUCUUGCAAAUUAAGUGUCGAUGUACAAGAUGUAAAUGACAACAACCCGGAAAUUAAUAUCAUGUCAAAAUCAAACGUUAUUUCAGAGGAUGCCAAAGUAAAUACAGUCGUUACUAUGAUAAACAUUGAGGACAGGGAUUCUGGAGAACAUGGCAAAGUUCAAUGUUUUAUCAACGAAAACGUGCCAUUCGUUUUGCAAACAUCAACUAAUAAUUUCUAUAGUUUAGUAACAGACAGUGAAUUAGACAGAGAGAGAGCCUCAGAGUAUAAUAUAACAGUGACGUGUUCUGAUGAGGGAGUGCCCUCCCUCUCCAGCAGCGUCACUCUCACCUUACAGAUAUCUGAUGUGAAUGACAACGCGCCUGUCUUUGAGAGGAGCUCAUAUGAGGCCUACAUUGUAGAAAACAACACACCAGGUCUCUCUAUAUUCACAGUGAAAGCCAGAGACGCUGACUGGAACCAGAAUGCCCGUGUUUCUUACAUACUGGAGGACUCCUCUGUUAACGGAGUGCCAGUCUCCUCAUAUGUGUCCGUUAGUGCUGAUAGUGGAGUCAUACAUGCAGUGCGCUCUUUUGACUACGAGCAGAUCAAAGAUUUCCACUUCCGCGUCAAAGCUCAGGAUGGAGGUUCUCCUCCACUCAGUAGUAAUGUGACUGUGAAAAUACUGAUCCAGGACCAGAACGACAACCCCCCUCAGAUUCUGUAUCCAGUCCAGACUGGUGGCUCUGUGGUGGGUGAGAUGGUGCCUCGUUCAGCAGAUGUGGGCUAUCUGGUCUCUAAAGUGGUGGCUGUUGAUGUGGACUCUGGACAGAAUGCCUGGCUCUCCUAUAAACUCCAGAAAGCCACAGACAGGGCGCUGUUUGAAGUUGGCUUACAGAAUGGAGAAAUAAGAACUAUCCGCCAAGUGACUGAUAAAGAUCCUGUCAAUCAAAAACUGACUGUUAUAGUGGAGGACAACGGACAGCCCUCUCGUUCAGCUACAGUCAUUGUUAACGUGGCGGUGGCGGACAGCUUCUCUGAAGUGCUCUCAGAGUUCACUGACUUUAAACAGGACAAGGAGUACAAUGACAACCUGACUUUUUACUUAGUGUUGGCUCUGGCUGUAGUUUCCUUCCUCUUCAUCACGUGUUUAGUGGUUAUUAUUUCAGUGAAAAUCUACAGAUGGAGACAGUCUCGUUUCCUGUAUCACUCCAAUCUCCCUGUGAUUCCAUAUUAUCCACCGCGUUACUCAGACACUUUGGGGGGGACAGGGACUCUCCAACAUGUGUACAAUUACGAGGUGUGCAGGACGACUGACUCCAGAAAGAGUGACUGUAAGUUCGGCAGAGCUGGUAGUCAGAACGUGCUGAUAAUGGACCCCAGUUCUACAGGGACGAUGCAGCGGAUACAGAGUGAAAAGAGCAUCCUGGAUGAACCAGACUCUCCUCUCGAGGUUGGUUGAACAGUUUUUUUU